GCAUGUAGGAUGGGCUACUACAAACCUGCCAAUGAGAGUGGAGAAUGUCGGCUUUGCCCACCAAACAGCAGGACUCACAGGGAGGGAUCAGAGAAGUGUGACUGCGCGCAGGGUUUCAGCCGUCUGCCAACUGACCCCCAUGACCUCGGCUGCACUAAGCCGCCCUCAGCCCCUGUAAAUGCAACAGCACGUCACCACAAUGACUCCGUGCUCAUCGUAACGUGGGAUCCUCCUCAUGACCGAGGAGGCAGACAGGAAGUGACGUAUCGAGUCAAGUGCAAGGAGCAAGCAGAGGCUGGCGGUCAGUGGAAGUCCUGUGGAGAGCAUGUGGUUUUCCUGACCAACACAUCUGUCAGCAUCACGGGACUAAACCCACAGAGCGACUACAUGCUGUCAGUGGAAGCCUGGAAUGAUAUAUUAACCCUGCCGUUGCCGGGGGCGCCAACUCCAUCCACUGCCACUGUAACCAUUCAUAGAUGGAAAGUUCCUCCUGUGGUGAUCACUGUGACUCCAGAUUCACAAAUCUCAGAGAAUAUAACACCAGCCACUCAGCACCAGAGACGCUUCUCCAUGUGGGUGAUAAUCAGUGUUUUAUUUGGCAGCCUGUUGCUCAUGGCUAUAAUCCCCAUAGCUGUGUGUACUAUGCGCAGAAAGUACACUAAACUCAGGUCUGAGCAGGAAGUAGAGCUUUUGCCGAUGAACACUGGAAUCUCCUACCGACGUGAACAAGAGCCGGAGGUUACACCCCUGCAGGCUGAUAGCAUGGUCCAGUUGUUGGAGGGGAUCAGUAGCCGGCUGUUGGACAACCUGAAGGAAGUCCUGGUCGAGAGAACCCAGCUCACACUGGGCAAGGAGCUUGGCAAAGGAGAGUUUGGCUCAGUCUACGAAGGAAUCUUUACACCACAGGAAGGCACGGAUAUCAAGGUUGCUGUGAAGACCAUGAGAGUUGGAAUCCACAGCCAGCAGGACUUACAUGAGUUUUUGAGCGAGGCAGAUAUCAUGAAGAACUUUCAUCAUGAUAAUGUGGUCAGACUACUUGGGGUCACCUUACAAAGAGAGCAGGACUCUCCUCUGCCUGUUCCUCUGGUCAUCUUGCCAUACAUGAAACAUGGAGACCUGCGGCGCUUCCUCAUUGCUACACGCUAUGGUGAUAUUCCUAUGUUUGUGCCCCAUCAGAGUCUCCUGCGCUUCAUGAUCGACAUCACGGCAGGCAUGGACUACCUGAGCUCACAGGGUUUUCUGCACAGAGACUUGGCUGCGCGCAACUGCAUGCUAGGUGAUGACCUGAGGGUGUGUGUGGCUGACUUUGGCCUGUCAAAGAAAAUCUACAGCAACAAUUAUUAUCGUCAGAGAGUAGCAAUCCGUGUGCCUAUCAAGUGGAUGUCCAUGGAGAGCCUGUCUGAGUCCAUCUACACCACCAAGAGUGAUGUGUGGUCAUUCGGGGUGACAAUGUGGGAGAUUGUGUCCCGGGGCAAAAAUCCUUAUCCUGGAGUCCACAACCACGAGCUGCUUGACCUGCUGCUGUCAGGACACAGACUGAAAGCACCAAAUGACUGCGACCAGAAACUUUAUGAAGUGAUGCGGAGCUGCUGGGAUGAAGAGCCGACCCGGAGGCCUGGCUUCAGGGAACUGGGCGAGGCACUGAAAGGUCUUCUGUCUGAGCUGCCGGUCCUGGAGGCCAGCCAGGAGGCCAACUACAUCAACCAGGGCUUGGAGGUUGCUGCCGCCACUGCUGCUGCUGCUGCUGCUUGUCAAGACCCACAGACAGACUUUGGAGGAAGAGAGGGAAAUGUCUACUUGCCCACUCCUGUGGGGGCUGCUGCAGCCAGAGAGGAAGAUAUGGAAGAAGAGGAUGGCUACCUUAUGUGUGUUGCUGGCUCAUCAGUUAAAGUGGAUUAAAGUGGACUUAUGAAAUGUGUUUGUGAUAGAAUGAUAGAGAUGUUGUAUGUGUGUAAACCGCUCAGGGACAUUUUAAGGUUGGGAGGGGCAUCCAGGGGGGGGGCAGAGGUCAGUCAUAAAUCUGAUUGCCCACCAUAGAUGCCCCCUCUUAUUAAAUCUGCAAGUUGAUGAAGAACGAGAAACUGUCAGAAACUAAAACCGUUUGCACUUUUUAAAAGAAUGUUUGUAUAUCUGUUACUAUAAAAUAUAUAUUUCUAGAAAAGGUACAGAAGUGUAUGGUAGAUCAUUACUGUCAGGA